AUGACGAGUGGAAGAACGAGAACGUGGUCGAAUAGUCUUGAUUCAAAUGAGGAUCCAGUUGCCGGAUUGGAGCGGGUGAUGUCCAAUCAGGAUAUUGAAGGAAUGACAAGAAGGAGGAGGAGAGAACAAGACGAACUUCGAUUCACGACGAGAUCAAUGAUAAGCAAUCGUACCGAAUCGCAUGAAGCUCUCUCCGCUCGUUAUGAAAGCUUGAAUUAUGAAGUUUCCGAGAAUCAGCUUUACCGAGACGCUGAGAAGAAAAAGACGCACCAGAUGACAUUAUGGACAAUAUCAAGGAAUCGAUGGAUUGUCUGUUUUUUCAUUGGUGUCUUCACGGCCUUAGUGGCAGCAUUCAUUGACAUUAUGGUGCAUUACAGUAAAGAGUUCAAAUUUAACACAAUUCUCAAAUAUUUUUUGUCGAAAUGCAACGAAGAGCAGCGUGGAACAACCUCGGGAUGCAUGUGGACUGUGAUGAUCGCCUGGAUUGUUUAUAAUUGCGUUCUUGUCACAAUUGCAUCAAUUUUGGUGAUUUUCAUUUCGCCGAUUGCUGGUGGAUCUGGAAUACCGCAAAUCAAAUGCUAUCUCAAUGGAAUUGCGAUUCCCGAAGUAAUUCGUUUGAAGACAUUAAUAUGCAAGGCGAUAGGAGUUGCUUGUUCGGUCGGAGGCGGCCUUUGCGCUGGAAAGGAAGGCCCGAUGAUCCAUUCGGGAGCUGUUGUUGGGGCAGGCGUAUCGCAAGGACGAAGUGUUUCCCUUGGACUCGAUUCUGGGAUGUUCAAAGAAUUUCGAAACGAUCGAGAACGACGUGAUUUUGUGUCUGCUGGCGCAGCUGCAGGAGUGGCGGCUGCUUUCGGAGCUCCGAUUGGUGGAGUACUAUUUUCUCUUGAGGAAGGUGCGAGUUUUUGGAAUCAGAAUUUAACAUGGAGAAUGUUCUUCUCUUCGAUGAUUUCUUCGUUCACGGUUAGUUGGAUUUUGAGUUGGUUCAAUGGACGUAGUGGAUGGCUCUCGUGGACCGGACUCGCCAACUUUGGAAUUUUCGAAAAUAAAGAUUACAACAUUUGGGAAAUUCCCUUCUUUCUUCUGAUCGGAGUUAUUGGAGGAGUUCUCGGUGCACUUUUCAAUUAUCUCAACACGAGAUUGGCAGAAUUCCGGAAACGCUAUGUGAAUAGUAGAGGAGCGAGGCUUUUCGAAUGCGUUCUUGUUGCAGCAAUUUCAGCAUUCCUCGCUUUUCUUACAAUUUUCGCCAUUGAUGAUUGUCAACCAAUCGGUGUGAAUCCGACGGCCACUUCAACACAAAUCAAUCAGAUGUGGUGCCAAAAGGGCGAAUAUUCGGCAGUGGCUAGUCUUUUCUUCCAAAACCCCGAAGAGAGUGUCAAGAGUUUAUUCCAUAGUCCAAUAAAUUCUUUUGGCGCACUGACUCUUAUUAUCUUUGGAGUUGAAUAUUUUAUGUUGACAUUGUGGACAUUCGGAAUUGCAGUUCCAGCCGGAAUUUUCAUUCCAGCUCUUCUCACCGGAGCAGCAUGGGGAAGGCUUUUUGGAAUAUUUGUGGAGCAACUAUUUCCGACUGUGACCGGAAUUGAUCCUGGAAAGUAUGCACUUGCUGGAGCUGCAGCUCAACUCGGCGGAAUUGUCAGAAUGACAAUUUCCCUCACUGCUAUUAUUAUGGAGGCUACGAAGGAUAUAACUUUCGGAUUGCCCAUUAUGUUAGUUUUGAUGAUUACCAAAUGGGUUGGAGAUAUGUUCAAUGAAGGACUCUAUGAUUCUCAUAUUGACCUAGCCGAAGUCCCAAUUCUUGGAUGGAAUCCUCCGAAAAUGAGCAGAAAUAUUCUUGCCGACCGAGUUAUGCGUCGUGAUGUUGUCGCAUUGGAAACGAGAGAACGAGUUUCUAGAAUUGUUGAAAUCCUCCGUUCUACAAAUCAUCACGGAUUCCCUAUUGUUGACCGAAUCGAAGAAUCCCCAACAGAUAGUUUGCCAGAUUACGGUAGAUUAAAAGGAUACAUUUUGAGAUCUCAGCUAAUCAAAUUGCUGGAAAACAGAAUAUUCGAUGACGACACAUCUGUAUCGUCUUCGCCACAAUUGCCUUCUGACUUUUAUGAGUGUCAAGAUGAAGACAUACAAAUGAAGUCAAUUUCCGAACUUGGAUUAUCUGCAUAUGAUGAGUCUUGUUGGCUGAAUAUGGGUCCAUAUAUGCAUCCACAUCCUCAUAGAGUCCCUCUGAACACUUCUUUGCCAUUCAUAUUUCGCAUUUUCCGUGGAUUAGGAUUGCGAUACCUAUUUGUUAUCAAUGAUGACAAUCAUCUGCGCGGUGUCAUUACUAGAAAAGACGUUGCCAGAUUCCGCGAACGACGAAGAAACCAGGAAUAUCAAGUAGAAGAGCUUUACAUUUCAGAAGAACACAUUUAA